AUGACCGAGUGCACGAAACUUCGGGUGAUCGAGGACCUCGACAAGACCGCGGACGCGAUGGCCGUUGGGCUAAGGCGUCUGCGGCUGAGGGUCCCAGGCGAGACAAAGCUGGUCGCGAGCUCCGACGAGCUCGGGGUGGAGUUUGAGCGGCGCCUCGUCAAGAACGGCAUUAUUGUGCAGUGCGUUCGCGCCACGGUCGACCUGGGCUCGGACAACGCUGCUGGGCGCAAGAGGGCCACGGUGCGCAUGAUCGAGCGUCGGGCUCGUGAUGCGUAUGAGGCGCUUGCCUUCAGAGCACGUUCGUUGCGAAGUGGCUGUUCAGCACGGGCGUCUUGCCCGCCUCCGUCUUCGACGCUGCUGUCGGUGCGCCGUGUUGCUGCGGCUAGUGCCGCGGGGGCCGAGCACGGCCGUUGCUGCUUGGCGACGGUGCUGCAGGCGGUGUACGGAGUGGCUGGCCGUGGCAUCGACAUGAGGGGGCAGCUGCUCAAGGAGUGGGUCGCCCUCUGGCUGGCUCAGCCAGCGCUGCAUCCCAGGAUCUUCAAGGCCUGGCCGCAGGCGACGCUCAACCAGGCGGGGUGGGACCCGCAGUCGCCUAAGGACAUGCUCGGCGCCGUCAUGGGUGACCGCUUGUGCAAGCAGUGCCAGCAGGCCGCCUGGCACAAUGCUGGCGAGGACCUGUCAG